UGUUGCAGCUGUUGUGUGUUCUCUGUUAGCUGUUCUAUGUUAGCUGUUGUGUGUUGCAGCUGUUGUGUGUUGUUAGCUGUUCUCUGUUAGCUGUUGUGUGUUGUUAGCUGUUGUGUGUUGUCUGUUCUCUGUUAGCUGUUGUGUGUUGCAGCUGUUGUGUGUUGUUAGCUGUUGUGUGUUGUCUGUUCUCUGUUAGCUGUUGUGUGUUGUGUGUUCUCUGUUAGCUGUUGUGUAUUGCAGCUGUUGUGUGUUGUUAGCUGUUGUGUGUUGUCUGUUCUCUGUUAGCUGUUGUGUGUUGUUAGCUGUCGUGUGUUGCAGCUGUGUGUUGUUAUUCACUUGUUAACCGGACAGAUGUGAACCCUCCAGAUGUGUGUUUUAGCUUCCUGACCUGACCCCGGAGGACCAGAGGUCAGCAGCAGAUCUGAGUGUUUCUAGCUGUUAAACCAGUGACUGAGUUCCCAUGAGCCUGAGGAGCUGGAGGACCAGUAAACCCAACCGAGGACUGUGGCUUCCCAGUGCGUCUGUGGUCAGAGCCAUGUCGUCCUCUGCUGGCCCCACCUCUCCGUUCACCACGCUCGCCAUCAGCCACCCGGCCAAGUGCGUCACCCACGUGGAGCUGCAUCGGCCUGAGAAGCUCAACGCCAUGAACUCAGCCUUCUGGAGUGAGAUGGUGGAUUGUUUCAAUGAUCUCGCCGCAGACCCGGACUGCAGAGUGGUGGUGGUCUCUGGAGCAGGGAGGGUCUUCACAGCCGGUAUCGAUCUGAUGGACAUGGCCAGUGACAUCCUCCAGCCGCAGGGCGAUGACACGGCCAGAAUCUCCUGGAGCCUCCGGAAAAAGAUCGCCCAGUAUCAAGAGACGUUCUCCGUCAUAGAGAAGUGUCCGAAGCCUGUUGUGGUGGCCGUGCACGGAGCCUGUAUCGGAGGAGGUGUGGACCUGAUCACAGCCUGUGACAUCCGCCUGUGUACCCAGGACGCCUGGUUCCAGGUGAAGGAAGUAGAUAUUGGACUUGCAGCAGACGUCGGGACUCUGCAGAGACUUCCUAAAGUCAUCGGCAGCCGCAGCCUGGUGAACGACUUGGCUCUGACGGCCAGGAGGAUGUACGCAGACGAGGCGAAGAGCAGCGGACUGGUCAGCCGAGUGUUUGCAGAUAAGGAGGCCAUGAUCACCGGGGCGGUGGAGAUGGCCGGGGAGAUCGCCGGCCGCAGCCCGGUCGCUGUGCAAGGCACCAAGGUCAACCUCCUCUACUCCAGAGACCACAGCGUGGCCGAGGGCCUGGACUACAUGGCCACGUGGAACAUGAGCAUGCUUCAGACAGACGACGUGAUCAAAUCCGCUCAGGCCUCCAUGGAGAAGAAAAGCCCCAAGACCGUGACUUUCUCCAAACUCUGAAACCUCCUGAGAAGCUGCGGUCGUGGCCUUAAUGAAAAGCAACAAGCUCAUAACAAAUCUAAAAAAACUAACAAGGAAGAGAGACAUUCAGAGAUGGAGGCUUGAACCAGUGAGAUGAUGGAUUUCAUCCCAAAGAUCUGCAUCAAUGUUUGUAUGGAAAAGCAUCUGAAAUCAGGAUGUUUCACUCUGGGUCUAAACUGAGACUUGAUCGUCCUUCAUGUGUGGAUGAAGUCUAACGUUUCAGGUGAAAGUGAAGUUCAAUCACCUGCUGAGACUGACUCACUUUGUUAACAUGUAAAAACUGUAACAUCCAGUGUUUUUCAUCUGUAAAUGACCUCAUGAAUGUUUUCUUGUCUAUUAAAAAGACGAUCAUCUGAAA